AUGUCCAGCGAUCCGUCCGCGCCGCUGCCCUCCUCGCCAUCAGCGUCGUCGCUUUCUCAGGCGUCGGCGUCGCUGCCAUUAGCCGCGGUGCCGUCCACCGGUUAUGUGCCGCCAGGCACCUCAUCUGUUCCCCUGACCCUAGAUUCCCUCGCUGAAGUAGUCCGGGAAAUUUCACGGAACAUGGCUGUCAUGCAGGGAAACAUGACCGCGAUGCAGGGGAACAUCUCCUCCAUCCAUACCUACAUCACCGGCACCCAGAACCCACCGCUGCCUGCCUCCACCACCAUGCCACUGCCGCCCAGUCCAUCUGCGCCGCCGCCCACCGCAUCUCUCCGAACAUCCGCCGCUGCCGCAUCCUCCAUGACCGGGGCUGCGCCUGGCGUACCGCUGCACUUAAUGCAGUGGCCCCGAUCACCGUCGCAAGUCCCGUCAUAUGUGCUGCAGCCGCCGAUCUACUCUACUCCGGCGACCAUCACGUCGUCGGUGGUGCAGUCUGAAGCCCCCACGCGCUGGCCUCUGGGGGGGUCUUCUACGGAGGCGUCGAGGGAGUCCUCUUCCAUGAACCCACGACCCAGACAGCCUCCUCCGGGGUCGUCGAGCCCGCUGCUGGCCUGGUUCUUCCGGGGCCAGCGCACCCUGGUGACUGACCGCACUUGGCUCGCUUCGUAUCACCUGAAGGGCGCUGCGCAGACUUGGUAUUACGCCCUGGAGCAAGACGAGGGCAUGCCAACGUGGGGACGCUUCAAGGAGGUCUGUACCCUUCAGUUUGGGCCGCCUGUUCGGGGCACCCGCCUGUCCGAACUUGCCCGCCUGCCCUUCACCUCGACGGUACAGGACUACGCCGACCGCUUCAACGCUAUGCUCGGCCACACGCGCAAGCUCGACGCGCAGCAGAAGACCGAACUCUUUGUCGGCGGCCUCCCCGACCACAUCCGGGCUGAUGUGGCCAUCCGAGACCCCCAGGACCUUCAAUCAGCGAUGUACUUGGCGCGUGCUUUCGAGCAGCGUGCAGCGGCGCAGACCACUCCGCCUCCAGCGCGCGGGUUCCGGCAGUCUCGCCCGGGACUGCCAGCACCGCCGCGUCCGCUGACUGCUCCGCCAACCGCUGCAGCGCAACCAGCAGGUACAGCCGCCCCAGCGCGACCGUUCCGUCGGCUUACGCCGGCCGAGCAGCAGGAACGACGUCGUCAAGGGCUCUGUUUCAAUUGUGAUGAGCCCUAUGUGCGUGGGCACGUGUGUCCCCGCCUCUUCUACUUGGAGAACGACGACUACAUCGACGACGAGCCCCAAGAGGAGGGAGCUGACCUACAGAUCGCGCUCGAGCAGGAGCCACCCUCGCGCGUCGCGGCCAUCAUUCCGACGGUCUCGCUGCACGCAUUGGCAGGGGUGCGCACACCAAACGCCAUGUUGCUGCCUGUCUCCAUCAAUGGCCACCGUCUUGUGGCCCUCGUCGACUCCGGCUCCACCACCAACUUCAUGUCGGUGGGUCUGAUGAGCCGCCUGCAGCUGCCAUCCACGCCACACCCCACCAUCAAAGUGCAGGUGGCCAACGGUGACAACAUACCGUGCCAAGGUAUGGCGCGGAGCGUCGACCUGCGGGUGGGCACCGAACAGUUUUCCAUCGACUGUAUCGGCCUCACCCUCGGCACCUUCGACGUCAUUUUGGGCUUCGAGUUCCUGCGGCUGCUGGGGCCGAUCCUCUGGGACUGCGACCGCCUGUCCAUGUCCUUCACCAAGGGGGGCCGCCGCAUCAUUUGGUCCGGCCUAGGGGCGCCCGGCGCGGUUCCCCCACAGCCGGCUACGUGCGUGGUGUCCAGCACGCCCACACAGCCGCUCCUCGACGAUCUUCUUCGGCAAUUUGAGCUGGUCUUCGCCGAGCCGCAAGGGCUGCCACCCGCCCGCCCCUACGACCACCGCAUUCAUCUUCUUCCGGGGGCGGCACCGGUGGCGGUUCGGCCCUACCGUUACCCCCAGCUCCAGAAGGACGAGUUAGAGCGUCAGUGCAGCGCCAUGCUCGCCCAAGGGAUCAUUCGCCCCAGCACAUCGCCAUUCUCUGCCCCGGUCUUGCUGGUCCGCAAGCCCGACAACUCGUGGCGGUUCUGCAUCGACUACAGGGCCCUGAAUGCUAAGACAUCGAAGGACAAGUUCCCUAUUCCGGUGGUCGAUGAGUUGCUCGAUGAGCUGCAUGGCGCCCACUUCUUCACCAAGCUCGACUUGCGCUCGUGCUACCACCAGGUGCGCAUGCACCCCGCUGAUGUCGAGAAGACGGCGUUCCGGACACACGAGGGACACUAUGAGUUCUUGGUCAUGCCGUUUGGCCUCUCCAACGCUCCGGCGACCUUUCAAGCCCUCAUGAACGACGUCCUCCGCCCCUAUUUGCGCAAGUAUGUGCUUGUGUUCUUUGAUGACAUCCUCAUCUACAGCAAGACAUGGGCGGAACACCUCCAGCACAUCAGCAUCGUCCUCCACGCCCUGCGCGACCACCAGCUACAUCUCAAACGCUCCAAGUGCUCCUUCGGGGCGCGCUCGGUGGCAUACCUCGGGCACGUCAUCUCCGCCGCGGGGGUGGCCAUGGAUGCGACCAAGGUGGAGGCCGUCUCCUCGUGGCCAGCACCGCACUCCGCUCGUGGCCUGCGGGGCUUCUUGGGCCUCGCCGGCUACUACAGAAAGUUCAUCCGCGACUUCGGUGUCAUCGCGACACCUCUCACGCGCCUUCUGCGGCGCGAUGCCUUCACCUGGGACGACGACACCCAGGCCGCCUUCCAGCAGCUGAAAACAGCCUUGACCACGGGUCCAGUCCUUCAGAUGCCUGACUUCGAGAAGACCUUCGUCGUGGACUGCGACGCCUCCGGUACGGGCUUCGGCGCCGUCCUUCACCAAGGCGCGGGACCGGUGGCGUUCUUCAGCCGUCCCUUUGCGGCGCGACACCUCAAGCUUGCCGCUUACGAGCGGGAGCUGAUCGGCUUGGUUCAGGCGGUGCGCCAUUGGCGGCCCUAUCUUUGGGGUCGUCAUUUCGCCGUCCGCACUGACCACUACAGCUUGAAGUACCUCCUCGACCAGCGACUGUCUACCGUGCCCCAGCACCAGUGGCUGAGCAAGCUCUUCGGCUUCGACUUUGAGGUUGAGUAUCGUCCGGGCCGCCUAAAUGUCGCCGCGGACGCACUGUCCCGCCGCGACGCCGAGCUACUCCAACCAUCCGUAGGGGAGCCGGGGGCAGCAGCAGCCCUGGCCCUCUCUGGGCCUUCGUUCGCCUUCCUCGACGACAUCCGCCGCGCCACAGCGACAUCCCUGGAUAGUAGCCGCCUGUGCCAGCAGCUCCAGGAUGGUACCUUGACCACCCCAUGGCGCCUGGAGGAUGGCCUCCUUCUUCACGGCUCGCGCGUCUAUGUACCGAACCACGGCGACCUCCGACAUCAGGCCAUCCUCCUGGCCCACUCGGCGGGGCAUGAGGGCAUUCAGAAAACCCUCCAUCGCCUCCGCGCCGAGUUCUACGUUCCUGGCGACCGCACCUUGGUGGCUGAUUGGGUGCGGACGUGCACAACGUGCCAGCGGAACAAGACAGAGACCCUGCAGACGGCGGGGCUGCUGCAGCCCCUCCAGGUGCCGUCCCAGGUGUGGGCUGACAUCUCCAUGGACUUCAUCGAGGGGCUACCUAAGGUGGGCGGCAAAUCGGUCAUCCUCACGGUGGUCGAUCGCUUCUCCAAGUACGCCCACUUCAUUCCGCUCGGCCACCCGUAUACGGCGGCAUCGGUUGCGCAGGCCUUCUUCGAUGGCAUCGUCCGGUUACACGGGUUCCCCUCCUCCAUCGUCAGCGAUCGGGACCCUGUGUUUACCGGACACGUCUGACGCGACCUCUUCAAGUGCGACGGCGUCUCCCUCCGCAUGAGCACGGCGUUCCAUCCACAGACGGAUGGCCAGUCC